UUUCCAAUUGCAAGAAAGAGAUCCAUCGUAGAGAGAAGCGGAAAGUGUCGAUUGGAAUUUCUCUCUCGAAUCGAUCCCUUUCCCCUCUCUUUUCUCCCUCUCCUGUGUUUUCAAGUUCCAACGCUGCCUAUAGAGAUGCCUCAGGGAAAGCUUGAAGUUCUUCUCGUCGGAGCGAAAGGCCUCGAGAACACUGAGUUUCUAGCUAAAAUGGACCCCUAUGUAGUCCUCAUUUGCCGUACUCAGGAGCAGAAGAGCAGUGUCGCAUCAGGUCAAGGAACUGAACCUGAUUGGAACGAGAGCUUUGUGUUUACCGUAUCUGAUGGUGUUUCAGAACUGAACCUUAAAAUAAUGGACAGUGAUUGUGGUACUGAGGAUGAUUUCGUAGGAGAAGCAACUAUUCCUUUGGAGCCAGUGUUCAUGGAAGGAAGCCUCCCGCCAACACCAUACAAUGUGGUCAAGGACCAGGAAUACCGUGGAGAGAUAAGGAUUGGUCUAACAUUCACUCCAGAGGAUAUCCGCGACCAGAGUUCUACCCAACAGGAGGAAAGCUAUGGUGGAUGGAAUGCAUCUUCUUACUAGAAAAAAGUCCUGUGAAUUUUGGUUUUCACGGGCCGUUUCCAUUAUAAACUAUUAUAUUGUACUGCAGCAAUGAAUCAAAA